AUGGCGCUGAACUUGGAAAAGCAGUUGCUCUUCUAUGGAGCUUACCACAGCAACCCAGUGAACGUGGCAAUUCACAUCACCUGUGUUCCGAUCCUGCUGUUCACCGGUAUUGCUCUGGGUUGCAACAGCCCACCGCUUUUCAACGUUCCGGACUUCCUGAGUGUCGAAUACCUUCCCCCGAACCUUGGCACCAUUGCUGCCUUUAUUUACUCGAUAUUCUAUGUUCUUCUCGAACCGGUCGCAGGCGGCCUGAUCGCACCGCUAGUGAUCGGCUCCGCAGCAUGCGGAAACUACCUCCUCGGAAGCUACGGAAUGAUCGUGAACUACUAUGCGGUGGGUAUUCAUAUCGUGUCAUGGCUAGCACAAUUCGUGGGACACGGUAAGUUCGAGGGACGGGCUCCGGCGUUGCUGGAUAAUUUGGUCCAGGCGCUGCUGCUAGCACCACUCUUUGUGUGGAUGGAGAUUCUGUUCUUUUUCGGGUAUCGGCGGGAGCUGAAGCAGCGGAUGGAUAAGAAUGUGGAAGUUGAGAUCGAAAAGUUCCGCAAGGAGAAAGAGCAGAAGAAGGGCAAGGAAGCGAAGUAA